CCAUCAGCUUCUCGGCUUAUGGUGCCAGACCGACGUGCCUAGUAGCGUACUAUCUUAGCUUCAAGAGACCGACCAGGCAAGAUCCAUUGAUCGAUGGAGCUGCUUCCUCUGCUCACGUGGCUCCUCCUUGCGCACGCCCUGGCCUGCCUGGCCUGGACGGCCGCCGCGCGGCGCCGGCAGUCUCGGUGCUACCUCCUGGACUACGUCUGCCACAAGCCCAGCGACGACCGCAAGCUGUCCACGGAGACGGCCGGCAACGUGAUCCAGCGCAACGCGCGGCUGGGGCUCACCGACUACCGCUUCCUCCUCCGCGUCAUCGUCCGCUCCGGCAUCGGCGAGGAGACCUACGCCCCGCGCAACAUCCUGGAGGGCCGCGAGGACUCGCCCACCCUGGAGGACGCGGUGGACGAGAUGGACGCCUUCUUCGACGAGGCCAUCGCCGAGCUCUUCGCCCGGACCGGCCUCGCGCCCCGCGACGUGGACGUGCUCGUCUUCAACGUCUCCAUGCUCUCCCCGGCGCCGUCGCUGUCGUCCAGGAUCGUGCGCCGCUACGGCCUGCGCGAGGACGUGGCGGCGUACAACCUCACGGGCAUGGGGUGCAGCGCGGGCCUGAUCGCGCUGGACCUGGCCCGGAACGCGCUCCGGACGCGUCCCCGGGCGCUGGCGCUGGUGGUGUCGUCCGAGUCCAUCGCGCCCAACUGGUACUCCGGCACCGACAAGACUAUGAUGCUGGCCAACUGCCUGUUCCGCAGCGGCGGCUCCGCGGUGCUGGUGACCAACGACCCGGCGCGGCGCGGGCAGGCCAAGAUGGAGCUCAGCUGCCUGGUGCGCGCCAACAUCGGCGCCAGCGACGACGCGCACGCGUGCGCGCUGCAGCGCGAGGACGGCGAGGGCCGCGUCGGGAUCAGCCUGAGCAAGGCGCUCCCCAAGGCCGCCGUGCGCGCCUUCGCCGUCAACCUGCGCCGCCUCGCGCCGCGCGUGCUCCCCGUGGGCGAGCUCGCGCGGUUCGCCGCGCGUCUCCUCGCCCGGAGGCUCUUCACGACGUCCCCGCACCUGCGUCAGCAGCACCUAUCGGGCGGCAAGCAGAAGGGCGACGCGGCGGCGGCCCCAAAGAUCAACUUCAAGGCCGGGGUGGACCACUUCUGCCUCCACCCCGGCGGCACGGCCGUCAUCGAGGCGGUGAAGAAGAGCCUGGACCUGGAGGACGAGGACGUGGAGCCGGCGCGGAUGACGCUGCACCGGUGGGGGAACACGUCGGCGAGCAGCCUGUGGUACGUGCUGUCGUACAUGGAGGCCAAAGGGCGGCUCAAGGUCGGGGACAGGGUGCUCAUGGUCACGUUCGGGUCGGGGUUCAAGUGCAACAGCUGCGUGUGGGAGGUGACCGGCGACAUGGCCGACAAGGGGGCGUGGGCCGACUGCAUCGACGCCUACCCGCCGGAGAAGCUCGCCAACCCGUACUUGGACAAGUUCGGUUGGAUCAACGAUGUCGACGGCGAUACCCUGAUGCUCUAACGGUACGGUAUACGAUCGAGGACCGCUCUCCACCGGCGGAAAUGACGACAACGGCGGAAGCAGUAAAAAGCAGGCUAGCUGUUGUUCAGAACGACAGGCCGGUGAUGCUAGCUUGCAGCCUGCGUAGGUGUAUUUAUGCCCUUGGUUUUACUGGGCCUGUCGUUCUGAACAAUAUAGCCCUAUUUAUUUACCACCCAAUUAUAUAUGUGUAGCCUGAUGCAGCAGUAGCACAAUAUAUUCUUCUUCUUCUUCUGAAUUGUUUUCUAUAGCAAAAGGAAAAAACAUAUAUAGCUUUUUUAGAACAGAAGAUCGAUCGGAUCUCCAUGUAUACAGAAACGAUUGCAAGAACAAACAAUAUAAUAUCAAGUGUACUUUUACC